AUGUUUUCUCAGAGAAGACAAAAGAAUUAUCAUUCGGGAGGAGAGGAGAUCAAUAAGAAAUUGGAGGCCAUCACUCAGAAAUUUGCUGAUGAUCUCCGUAAAGACAUCAAGGAAAUUAAAUUUCCGACCAUGUUUUCAAAAGAGUGGGUACUGCUUUGCGAUAAAUUAAAGAAAAUCUCGGAAAUUGUUCGAAUGGAGAGAGAAGACAUGAAUUUUGACAGCAUCACCGCCCAUUUCAAUAAGGAAGAAUGCAAAAAAAUUGAAGAAUCAGAAAAAGAUCAUUCAGAUACCUCUUCCAUUGCCGUCAACGAUGAACUUGGCAAUCAUUCCAUCCCUUCGGUGCAAAAUACCAAUGAAGACCCAAUCCAUGAAAAAUCAGUGAAAGAAACAAACACUGUGGUAGAAGAGACUCAAAUGAACAAACCUGCAAACAACAGACCUGCCACAACCUCCUCGCUUACUACCAAUCCCAGAAAAAAGAAGAGUAAUAUUCAAUUUGGGUCGUCCGAUUUAUUUGGAGGUUCUUCAUUUAUUCCAAAAAAACCAAGUACAGCUUCUUCCUCAACAAGACCCUCAACAGCAUCUUCCAGUGCAUCCAUGUCCUCGAACUCUUCUGUAAAUCACAAGCAACAAGCAAUUUCAACAUCAUUUAAUUCUGAAAAUACAUUGUGGGAUAGGGACGAAUAUUGCGUUCGAUUCAUAGUCGAAGAGGGUAAAAUUAAUUUGUUGUUGAGGCUUUUGGAUGAAUUUAAAGAUGAAGACUUGAAAAUACGGCUCGGUUUGAAAUCUUUAUCCACAGAUAUUCUGCCCAACACUGGACUUUCCACAGAGAUGGAAUUGCAAGAAAAGAUGAAAAACUUUGAACAGUCUCUUUGCAUGCUUCUAAAGUACUGUUUUCACUCUGUUGAAGCUCUGCAAACAAUCGAUGUUUAUCAAUAUUUGGAUUUCAUUAAUAAGAACAUGAGAGAGGACUUGUUUUUAGACUCAAAACAGAAACUGAAGGGAGAGGAAGUUUAUUGCACAGCAGAAUUCAUAAUUUUUGAUUUUCUUAGAGCGUUAUUUGUGCACAUUGAUAGGUUGGACGACACCAAGAUUUGUUCCCUUACUAUUGAUCGACAAAUUCUUCCAAAAGCUGUUCGUUUUCUUUUUAAAACCUGCUCUCAGCUUCUCGAAAAUGAAAGAGUGAUGUGCUUUGAAGCGCUCUCUGCCAUGAUGAAUGCCGAGACCUAUCAAACCUCAAGAUCCAAAUUCUUUGGAGAUGACACGGAAGCGAAAAAGAUGUUGGUCCAGCUUUAUGACAAUUUUAUUAAGCAAUUACUGACUUCAUACGAAAGAAAGAAAUCUUUGAGAUCACUCGUGGAUCAAGUGAACCGAUUCAAAAUUGAGUUUGUUUUGUAG